GCUGCGUGCCUGCGAGGACACUGUGUGUUCCCUCCUCCAGCCUGCUGUUCCAGCUCCUGCAUUCCCGUCUCUGCAGCCUGAAGAGGAUCCCCCAGCCUCCACCCCGUGAGCAGACGCUUUGCUCGGACUCUCCUGGCCGUCAUGGGCCCAGACCUGGAGUUCCUGCUCAAUGAUGAUAAAGCCUGGGAGACAUUCGUGGAAGAAAUCCAGUUGUCCAGCGAGGAGGAAGAGGUACUACGUGAAGGUAUGAAGAAACACAAAAUACUCACAGUCACAGAAAGCAAAGAGAAGCACCAACAGGAGCAGAAGAGUGGAAAUGCGGGGCUCUUCUGGUUCUUCGCUUUAUUUGUGUUCUGUCUCUAUCAGUACUUCACUCUGGCUAAAACGCUUAUCAUCGGGCUCACGUGUCUGUUCUGGAUGCACCAGGCCUCAGCCCCGUCAGAGACCGCCAUACUCAGGGAGAAGAUCUUGAAAGUGUUUCCUGAGGUGAGAGUGAAACUCGGCAAGCGCGUCACACUCCUCAGAGAGAUCGCAGACAGGGCUGACCAGGUCCACAAGACCUGUACUGUGGCCAAUGCGGCAGGCACCUCCGCUGGGCUGGCAUCUGGUGUCAUGUCCCUCAUGGCCAUCGGUCUGGCUCCCGUGACCGGAGGCCUGAGUGUGGGGCUUUCAGCAAUGGCACUGGGGCUGGGGGCAGCGGCUACUGCUACAACUGUAACCACCAGCAUCGUGGAGCAGCAAAAGUUGUCAUCAAUAGAAGCAACGGCCAAUGGCGGGAAAACGACGGGGGUCUCUUCGCGACAGCUGGCCAUGCGCGCUCUACGCAAUAACAAGUCCAGAUUUUCUUCUUCAUGCAAUACUUUCCUAAGAUACAGACAGGUUUCUGGGCAUGUGCAUGCCACCAAUUUGAUCAGGGACGGUACCAAUUUGGCAGCCAGGAGCUCAUCUCAAUCAGGCAGUUUGUUUCGGAGGGCAUUCGGAAGCACAGCUGAGACCAUGAGCAGGAGAGUCCAGGUCAUGGGUGGGAUUGCAACAGGCCUCUGUGUUCUGAGUGAUGCCCACUGUCUUGUGAAGCAACUAAAGCACUUAAGGGAAGGGGCAAAGACGGAGAUAGCAGAGAAGAUGCGGCUGCGUGCCCAGGUGUUGGAUGAGAUACUAGAGGAGGUCAACUGGAUCUACAAAAGUCUGCUGUAGGACCUUACGUUUCCCAAACAGCACACACAGAAGGGACAUAUGUGGCAGAAAGGGAUCACUAUCCAUAUUAGAGGGGAACUGAGGGUGAGGUAAGAUCUUGGGGGUUGGUGAGUCAAGA